CGGCGCUGCCCGGCCAGGACGGCCCAGGAUGGCGAAGCAGUCGAUGGAGGACCUGCAGGCGCUGGCGGCAGAUGGAGGCCUGAAGGAACUGGUGAUCAGGUGGUUCACCGACACGCAGGCGCCUCUCAUCCUGCAGAAUGGAAACUUCCCUGACUGGUUCCAGGGCCUCGCUGCCAGAAAGGAAGCAGAAGAUGUGCUGAGAGAUAAAGCUCUGGGCUGCUUCCUCAUCCGCCUCAGUGAUAAAGCCAUCGGCUACAUCCUGUCCUACAAAGGUCAAGACAGGUGUCGCCAUUUUGUAAUUUCCCAAAAUCCUGAAGGGCAGUUUGUGAUAGCAGGAGACUGUCAGCUGUUUGGCAGUCUGACCCAGCUGAUCGAGUAUUACAAGGUCCGGCCCAUCCAGCCGUUUGGGGAGUUCCUCACCUCCAGCUGCUGCCAGGACGAUGCUGAUGAUCUGUAUGAUGUGGUCAAUGCCAAGAAGACUUCAGGUGUCAGUGUUCAAGCUCUGCGCUCCAUCUGGGACCAAGUCGAACCUGACAAGAAACAAAAGGUUCAGCAGCAUCAGAGUGAAUCUCAUCCAGCACCGGCGCCUUCCCUCCCUCCCAAGUCCAGAAACAGGAAGCUGACGGGAACCGUAUCCGUGGACGCAUCGUCUCUUUCACAGACCCUUCCUCCGGUACAAAGAGGAAUGCCUCUGUGUUUUUCCUUGAGUGGAUCUCUACCAGACACAAUGUCCUAUCGUGAAAUGCCAGCCAACCCAAACAGAGAGCCGAGACACAGAGGAAGGACAACUCCGCCGUGUCCCGCUAACAGAGACUCCUUCCACCCAACAGAAAACAAUUCAACAUUAUACAAAGAAAUGUUGCCGGGUGCUGAUCUGAGCCAGGUGGAGAGCCGGAGCCAGUCCCUGCCGUACCUGGGCAACGACGACGACAAGGAGGAGAAAUACUCCAACAAGUUUAACAGCCUCUCUGUCACAGCGCCCGCCCCGUCAAAGAAGGUCACCUGCCUCACGUACUCCUCACACACUCCAGGUGUGACUCAGAGCAGCUCCGGGUCAGAACCAGAGAACGGCAGCCUGGACCAGCUGAGACCCAACCCUCUGUACCAAUCGUCCGAGGCCGCCGCAGGGGGUCCGGCCCAGCAGGCAGGCAGCAUGUACGCCGAGGUCUCUGAUGGCCCCACGCGGUCCCCCGAUGACACGUACGAGCAGAUCCCCGGAGACGGCGCCGGCCACAGCAACACGUACGAGUCGGUGGAGGACGUGAAGAACAAAAAACCCAAAAGCACCUGGGGGAAAAAUAACAUUAACUGGAAGAAAUUUUUCCCUGAUAACAAGAAGAAAUGAAGGAUGCGACCCUGAAGUUCCUGUAAGAUGGUUCUGGAUCUU